AUAAAAAACAGCUUGAUGAGCUAGAAAAAUAUAUAUGUAUACUGUGUAUAUAACCGAGAUAUUUGAGAAGAAUUCAGCCAUGAAAGAAGAAUAGAGAGGCAAUAGGGGAAACUCUAACAGUUUAAAUACUUUUUUCAGCCACUUCGCGUCCAAGCCCGCGUCAACAUGACACCUGAUAUUUUGCUACCAUCGAGAGUUCUUGAUUGAGAAUCUUAAAAAAGAGGGUGUUACUGUUUAACGUAAAUAGCAAAGAAAGGUGAUUAGCGUCGGAGCUGAAGUUUCAACUUAUCCUUUGAGCAUAUAUUUCGGCCAACACACAAAGUCCAACUUCAUAAAUAAUGGAGACCUCAAUGGCGCCCAACGAGCCCCUCCAACUAGCAGAGAGAGCAUGCGGGCUGUGCAAAACGCCCGAGAGAACCAUGCGCUGCUCCCGCUGUCAAGUGGUCUAAAUACUACUGCAGCCGCGAGCACCACACCGAGCACCGCAACGCGCACAAGACCGCCUUGCAGCAAAAUCGGCAAGACACGCACCACCCUCGCAACCGAGGAGCAGAAACUGCGCGACAUGCCCGCAGACAUCCUGUUCCCAGGCGACGUCUUCAACAGCAGCGUCGGCGGCCAAUUCUGGGGCAUGCGCCCGUACAUGCGUGCGCGGAGCGCGUUUAUCCACGCGCUGCUGGACGUCGAUAGUCGCGAGUCGGUGCAGAUGCAGCUGGAGCACGCGAGGGACAUGCUGCGUCUGAGCCGCAGUGACACCGUUGGCAUUCGCAGCGCGAUGCCGGGCGCGAUGCUACAGCUGGGCAUGGAUCCGGAGUGCUAUGAUUUCCUCAAGUGGUACGAGAACGAUGGGCCAGCGGGGCGAUUACGACUGGGGGGAUAUGGAGCUGCCGUUCCUGGACGUGAAGGGUGCGGAUGCCUUCGAGGAUGUUGGGGUAUGUGUGUCACCGCCGUUCCUCGAUGUGUGUGUGUUGGCGCGGGGGUUAUGUUGGUUAAGGUCCGGAUGCUUUUGGAUCUGAAGGACUUGCAUAUGCAGAGCACAAGCGCGGCCGGCGCGGUGAUGGCUGACGCCCGCCAGCUGCGCAGCUCGAUCAUUGCGAAUAAUGCGGAAAUCUUACACCGCGGCGAUCAUACGGCGGCGGUUGCAUUGGUAGAAGGGCAGGUCAAGGAACUCUACAGGGCGAUCCACAGCUCCAACAAGCACUUUUGGGAAGUUCUGCUCGAGCCGGAAGAACAUUUGCAUGCGAUGCCUGGUAUGUAUUCGCCUGGCACACUAUCAGAGGUGCAGGUAAUGCUGCGAUAUAUCUAUCCCGCGUGGGCUAUGACGCCGGGAGCACUGGAAUUGGCCGAGGAUCUCACCAAGCGAAAACCAUAACAAAUUGAGAAGCAUUAGGGGAUGCCGUCGCUUUUACUCCCUCCAGAGAUAUUAUUAUGGUCUAGUGUUUGGAAGAAUGGGGGAAGAAUGGGAUUUGGGAUUUGGGGGAUAGCCAGAGGCUGAUGCUGAUGCAAGGCUAGUAUUCAGCUAACUAACAUAACCUCCAACAGUUUCUUAAUACUACAUGGGUGGAUAUUUUCACUGUCUUUUGUUUCUUUUUCUUUUUCGCAUGGACUUCUGAAUAAUUCAGCUUCAGGAGAUAUUGGAAUUUUUUGUGGGAUACAAUUGACUCAACUCGACGCCCCUGAGCGAACGAAGGGGCUCCCUUCUGCUGACAGCAAAAAUCAAGAGAGGAAUAAAUAAAUAAAUAAAUAGAAGAGAAGGAGGCUACAAUGAGCCGUUCAAAUUAUUUAAACUUAUUUGAAGCCCCAGGCAAACAGUCACUGGUAAGAGAGAUCGAGACUGAUAGUUAGCUCAAUUUUAAGAAGAGAUACCGCUUCCCAUUAUUAUUACUUUACUCCUGAA